AUGGUGCUUCUCAAGCUCCACGCCUGCGUGGCAGCCACCCUCGUCGCCCUGACAGAGGCACUCCUUGUCUCCCGCGCGGCCACCCUCCCAGCCAGCAUUCAGCUCAUCCGCCAAGCUCCGGCCGGAGACGAGAUCCAGCUCCAGAUCGCCCUGAAGCAUCAGAACAUCCACAAGCUCGAGUCAAAGCUGCGCUCCGUCUCCGACCCUUCGAGCUCACACUACGGGCAGUACCUCUCCAAGGAUGAGGUCAAUGCACUCUUUGCUCCGUCGAACCACUCGAGGACCGCCGUCGAGUCGUGGCUGAAGGACGCCGGCAUCACUGCCGUGUCAAGCCGAGGCCCCCUUGUUGACUUUGUUACAACGGUUGCCAAGGCAAAUGAACUGCUCGGGGCGGACUUUGCCUGGUUCGACGUCGAGGGCCACAAGAAGCUGCGAACGACGGAGUACUCCAUCCCCGACACGCUCACGGCGCACAUUGACCUCGUUGCACCAACGACAUUCUUCGGCCGCACCAAGUCGCACCGCAUGAUACCCGACGAUGAGACCUCCGAGCUCGAUUCCCGACAAGCCCGCAACACGACGACCUGUCUGUCCGUCAUCACGCCCGACUGUCUCGAGGAAGCAUACAACUAUGGCAGCUACAAGGCGGACCCCGCGGCCGGCAGCCGGGUCGCGUUCGCCAGCUUCCUCAACCAGUCGGCCCGCCAGGAGGACCUGACGCAGUACCUGAACACGUUCAAGCUGCCGCCCCGAAACUUUACGACGGUCCUCAUCAACGGCGGCGAGGAUCACCAGGACCCCAACGGCGACAUUGGCGAGGCCAACCUCGACGCGCAGUUCCUGGCAGCCGUGACGAAGAACCUGCCGCUGAAGCAGUUCAUCACGGGCGGCUCGCCCCCGUUCGUGCCGAACCUGCGCAUCACCAACGCGUCGACCAACUCGAACGAGCCGUACCUCGACUUUUACGAGACGCUGCUGGCCACGGACGACGAGGGCGUGCCGCAGGUGCUGUCGUCGUCGUACGGCGAUGAUGAGCAGACGGUGCCGGUCGAGUACGCGAAGCGCGUGUGCAACCUCAUCGGCAUGAUGGGCCUCCGCGGCGUGACUGUCCUCGAGUCGAGCGGCGACGCGGGUGCGUGGGCGCCCGAGGUGGCGUGGGUGGGCAGCGCCGGCGGCUUCAGCAACUACUUUGAGCGGGCGUGGUACCAGAAGGCGGCCGUCAAGACGUACCUCGAGGAGUCGAUCCCGGUCGAGGUCAAGUCGUACUACAAGCGCGGCGGGUUCGUCGACUUUGGGGGUCGUGGGUUCCCGGACAUUUCGGCGCACAGCCUCGAGCCGUGGUACCAGUUUGUCAAUGCCGGCAGGCCUCGGCGGACGGGCGGCACGUCGGCGGCGGCGCCCGUGGUGGCGGGCAUUAUCGGCCUGCUCAACGAUGCGCGGUUGAGGGCUGGGCAGCCGACCAUGGGUUUCCUCAAUCCGUGGCUGUACGCUCGCGGCGUCGACGGCUUGCUCGAUGUGACCGAGGGCAAGGCCGAGGGCUGCGGCGGCAUUGACUUGCAGAGCGGCAAUCCGGUGCCCGGUGCUGGCGUCAUCCCAUGGGCAUCGUGGAAUGCGACAAAAGGAUGGGACCCCGUGACUGGACUUGGUCUUCCCGACUUUGAGGCGCUGCGACAGAUUGCGGUCAAUGGCACCAAGGCAUGA